UUAACUGAACUAUCAGUCGUGCACGGGCCGUCCGCCGGACAACAAUAUUGUUGACAGACUCGUUUCGAAUUAAUGUUUUAAUAUUUUGUUGUAACAAAAGUGGCGAAUGAUGAAGGACCUGAUAGAGGGGACGGUUGUCAUUGCUUGCAUUCUCGUCGCGUCAUCGUCAAACGCCGGAGGACAGCGGUGUAAUGGCGGCGCUAGUUGCAUCCCCCUGAACGAAUGCUCGGGCUUACACUUGCAGUUACAGAAGGGCAACACUCCACAGUUGACGCAACUCUUGCGCAGCUUACAUUGUGGCUUCCAAGGGACCGACGUGCCUAUGAUAUGCUGUCCACCAGAGUUUUUAGCUACCGGUUCUCCUCAACCAGCGUCCUUGUCGUCGAGAGUUAGUGAUCCUCUGAGCCUCCUGCCCAACUCUCGGAUUUGCGGGAUUCAAAACAAUGACAGAAUCGUUGGGGGCACACAAGCUGAUAUUGACGAGCAUCCAUGGAUGGCCCUCAUCAGAUACGACAAACCCGUCGGAUGGGGCUUCUACUGCGGAGGAGUCCUCAUCUCAUCCAGAUAUGUCCUCACUGCAGCUCACUGUGUCAAGGGAGCAGAUCUGCCUUCUAGCUGGAGAUUGACACAAGUGCGUCUAGGCGAAUGGAACACGUCUAGUUCCGUAGAUUGCUUCCACGACGACUGCAGUGGACCCGUCCAGGACAUUCCAGUGGAGGAGAUCAUCGCACAGGAGAACUACGAUCCUCAGGAUAGUCAGCAGCACCAUGACAUCGCUAUUCUGCGACUCGCUUAUAAUGCACAAUUCAAUGACUUCGUGAAACCGAUAUGUUUGCCGCUGAGCAAUGAGCUGAGGAACAGUCUUUUCGAAGGCUUUGACAUGGAGGUAGCUGGAUGGGGCAAGACAGAAACACAGGACGGUGGUAGCGACUCCCAGCCGAUUUAUUCUGGACCCAAUUUGGCAGGUACGGAAUCAGACGUGAAGCUGAAGGUCCGCGUGCCAAUUGUGAACGUGAACCGUUGCGCCUCCGUGUACCAACGCGUUAGCAGGACGAUAGACACCACGCAGAUAUGUGCGGGCGGCGUCGCGGGGCAGGACUCGUGCCGCGGAGACUCCGGCGGCCCACUCAUGGGGCAAGCGCCAUCAGCCAACAACUGGAUGGUCAUCGGCGUAGUAUCCUACGGUCCAGCUCCCUGCGGCACUCAAGGCUGGCCCGGAGUCUACACCCGCGUAGGCGCUUACAUCGACUGGAUUCUAUCAAAAUUGCGCCCCUAGUUAAAUCAAGAUAUUGACUGAGAUAUUUAAAAUAUUUAAUUUUAAAGAUAUCAUGCGCAACAGGGCACUAGUUAACCAAGACGCGAGCAUUACCUUCGUAUUGUAUUAAAGUGUAAAAACUUGAGAUUAACUUAAUUUAUAAGUGUUAAUGUCUAUGGAACUUUCGUCUAUGAAAUAAAGUACCAACUUAUACAUUGACGUUAGUGCCAUAUUGUUUUGCAUAGUAAGAGUUUAGUCACAAAUGUGUGCCAUCCAUGACAGUACAUCUUGCCACUGUAAUCUAGAUAGUAGGUAGGUAUGUAAGAUUGUGUGUACUAACAACGAGAAGGAACUUACUACGUGG